GGGAAAAGUUUCAGUCACUUCUCCUCCCUUAUCUCUCACCAGAGAGUCCACACAGGAGAGAGACCCCAUGAAUGUUGCGAGUGUGGAAAAAGCUUCUCUCGGAGCUCAAACCUUACUAUGCAUCAGAGGAUCCACACAGGAGAGAGACCCUAUGAAUGCAGUGAGUGCGAGAAAAGUUUCACUCACCUCUUCUCUCUUAUCUCUCACCAGAGAGUCCACACCGGAGAGAAACCCUAUGAAUGCAGGGAGAGGCCCUACAAAUGCCCUGAGUGUGGGAAAACCUUCAAUCGCAGUUCGCACCUUAUUAGUCAUCAAACAAUCCACAGAGGGGAAAGACCCUACAAAUGCAGUGAGUGCGGGAAAACCUUCAAUCGCAGCUCAAACCUUAUUAGCCAUCAAAGAAUUCACACGGGGGAGAGGCCGUAUAAAUGCUGUGAGUGUGGAAAAUGCUUCACUAAGAGUUCAGCCCUUUCUCAACAUCAGAGAAUCCACAUGGGGGAGAGGCCCUAUGAAUGCCGUGAGUGUGGGAAAACCUUCACUAACAGCUCACACCUUUCUAGACAUCAGAGAAUCCACACAGGGGACAGGUCCUACGAAUGCAGUGACUGUGGGAAAAGCUUCCCACAAAGAUCAGCCCUUUCUGUUCAUCAGAGAAUCCACACAGAUGAGAGGCCCUAUGAGUGCAGAGAGUGUGGGAAAAGCUUCACUCAAAGAUCACCCCUUUCUGUUCAUCAGAGAAUCCACACGGGGGAAAGGCCCUAUGAAUGCAGAGUGUGUGGGAAAAGCUUCACUCAAAGAUCAGCCCUUUCUGUUCAUCAGAGAAUCCACACAGAUGAGAGGCCCUAUGAAUGCAGUGAGUGCGGGAAAAGCUUCACUGACAGCUCAGCCCUUUCUAAACAUCAGAGAAUCCACACAGGGGAAAGACCCUACGAAUGCCUUGAGUGUUGUAAAACCUUCAGUCGCAGCUCGCACCUUAUUCGUCAUCAAACAAUCCACAGAGGGGAAAGACCCUACGAAUGCAGUGAGUGCUGGAAAACCUUCAAUCGCAGCUCGCACCUUAUUAGCCAUCAAAGAAUUCACACGGGGGAGAGGCCCUAUGAAUGCACUGAGUGUGGGAAAACCUUCAAUCGCAGUUCGCACCUUAUUAGGCAUCAAACAAUCCACAGAGGAGAGAGGCCCUAUGAAUGCAGUGAAUGUGGAAAAUGCUUCACUAGCAGCUCAGACCUUUCUCAACAUCAGAGAAUCCACACAGGGGAGAGGCCUUAUGAAUGCCGUGAGUGUGGGAAAAUUUUCACUUACAGAUCAGACCUUUCUAGACAUCAGAGAAUCCACACAGGGGAAAGACCCUAUGAAUGCCGUGAGUGCGGGAAAACCUUCAAUCGCAGUUCGCACCUUAUUAGGCAUCAAACAAUCCACAGAGGAGAGAGGCCCUAUGAAUGCCGUGAGUGUGGAAAAUGCUUCACUAGCAGCUCAGACCUUUCUCAACAUCAGAGAAUCCACACAGGGGAGAGGCCCUAUGAAUGCCGUGAGUGUGGGAAAAGCUUCACUUACAGGUCAGGCCUUUCUAGACAUCAGAGAAUGCACACAGGGGAGAGGCCCUAUGAAUGCCGUGAGUGUGGGAAAAUUUUCACUUACAGAUCAGACCUUUCUAGACAUCAGAGGAUCCACACGGGGGAAAGACCCUAUGAAUGCCGUGAGUGUGGGAAAACCUUCAAUCGCAGCUCGCACCUUAUUAGUCAUCAAACAACCCACACAGGGGACAGGCCCUAUGUAUGCAGUGAGUGUGGGAAAACGUUCACUCAAAGAUCAGCCCUUCCUGCUCAUCAGAGAAUCCACACAGGGGACAGUCCCUAUGAAUGCAGUGAGUGCGGGAAAACCUUCAAUCACUGCUCAAACCUUAUUACCCAUCAGAGAAUCCACACAGGGACAGGCCCUAUGAAUGCAAGACGCUACAUGUGCGCUGAGUGCGGGAAAAGCUUCUGUCGGUACUCACACCUUAUCACACAUCAGAGAAUCCACACAGGGGAGCUGCCCUUCACAUGCUCUGAGUGCGGGAAAAGCUUCAAUCAGCGCUCAGACCUUAUCAGACAUGAGAGAAUCCACACUGGAGAGACGCCCUACACGUGCUCUGAGUGCGGGAAAAGCUUCAGGCGGAGCUCUCACCUUAUCAGACAUGAAAGAAUCCACACAGGGGAAACGCCCUACACGUGCUCUGAGUGCGGGAGAAGCUUCAAUCAGAGCUCUGUCCUGAGCGCGCACAGGAGAAUCCACACAGGGGAGACGCCCUACACAUGCUCUGAGUGUGGGAAAAGCUUCAGUCAGCGCACAAGCCUUAUUAGACAUCACAAAAUCCACAUGAGAGUAACCCACACAGGGGACAGGCCCUUUGAAUGCCGUGAGUGUGGGAAAAGCUUCACUAGCAGCUCAAACCUUUCUCAGCAUCAGAGAAUCCACACGGGGGAGAGGCCCUUUGAAUGCCGUGAGUGUGGGAAAAGCUUCACUCAAAGAUCAGUCCUUUCUAGACAUCAGAGAAUCCACAUAGGGGACAGGCCCUAUGAAUGCACUGAGUGCGGGAAAACCUUCAAUCGCAGUUCGCACCUUAUUAGGCAUCAAACA